AAAUGCAGAAGAAAAAAGAAACACCAUUAUUGACCAUAUAUUCUUAUUGGUCAACUCAAUUUAACAAGUAGUUACUUACCAUUAAUUAAUAUGGCUACCAAAUCAUUCUCCAAUUCCAGUUCAUAUUCUUUUUCCAACAUGAACAUCGACGAGAACCAAUGGGUUGAAAGCUUGCGUAAAUCGAUUGUCGAACAUGUAGAAGAAGAAGAUGAAAAAGUCGCAGUUUGUAUCUUCACAGUCCCGCAAGUACUUCUAGCCACCGAUCCCGAAUCCUACAUCCCACAACAAAUCGCGUUAGGCCCGUUCCACCAUUGGCGCCCGGAGGUCUACGACAUGCAAAGGUACAAGCUGGCUGCCGCCAGAAGAACACAGAAACUUAUGAACGUCAGCUUUGAACGCAUCGUGGAGGUUAUGAAGACAAAAGACGAGGCUCGAAUCCGUGGAUGUUAUCAUAAGUUUCUUGACAUGUCGGGGGAUGCUCUAGUCUGGAUGAUGGCGGUUGACAUGGCGUUUUUACUCGAAUUCCUUCAAGUGUACUCCAUGAAAGAAGAAGGCCGGGUGUUGAACAAAGUUAGUUCCUCGAUGUCGCAUUUGGUUGAUGGUUCGGGGAAGAAGUUAUCACAUAUGGCGAUUCUUCGUGAUUUAGUGAUGGUGGAGAACCAGAUCCCGUUGUUUCUAGUCAAGACGAUGUUAGAACAUCAGUACAAAAAAGGUACUGCCGAUGAUCAACAGAAGUCUGCUGAGGAGACGCUAAAGAAGAUGCUCAUGGGGUUGUACCAUGAGCUUACACCCUUUCAAGAAAAGGAGCUGCCAAAUGUUGACGUCAACGACUGCGACCACUUGCUCGAUUUUCUCUACCAUUUAACCGUGCCAAACAACAAAGAACUCGGUAUCGCGGAGGCUGAAAUUGACAUUGUGGAAGAAGAAGAAGAAGGUAUCGCUGAGGUGAAAGAUGAUGAUGAGAAAGAAGGUGGUUUUGCGAAGCAGAGUGACCUUCGACGAUUUAUGGAUUAUAUAUGGAAUUUAAUCUCCAAAUCAAAUGCGGGCUUGGUGAAUUUUUUCAAGAAACUCCUAUUUGGAAAACCAAUGGCUCUUUUAAUGAAAUUGCCUUGGAAGAUCAUUUCUAAUCUUCCCAUUCUUAAGCUCAUGAAAGAACCUAUGGAGCGUAUGCUCGAGAGGUUCAAGGGUGAAGAAGAGGAGAAAUCACAAGAAGAUGGCGGCGAACCAAAGGCGCCGACUAUAGAGGAGAUCACCAUCCCCUCUGUCACCGAUAUGGCCAACGCCGGGAUCUUAUUUUCACCGGUGAAUGGUGGAAUAUCAGACAUUAGUUUUGAUCACAUCACAUCUACACUUUACCUCCCCGUGGUCGAUUUGGAUGUAAACACCGAAGUCUUGCUGAGAAACUUGGUGGCAUACGAGGCGUGUGUUGCGGCCGGGCCGUUAGUGGUUGCUCGUUACACCGAGUUAAUGAAUGGAAUAAUCGACACAGAAGAAGAUGCAAAGUUUUUGAGAGAAAGAGGGAUAGUGUUGAACCAUUUGAAGAGUGAUAAAGAAGUUGCGGAUUUGUGGAACGGGAUGAGUAAGUCCGUGAAAUUAACAAAAGUGCCAAACAUGGAUAAAGUGAUUGAGGAUGUGAACAAGAGGUAUGCUCAAACAUGGAGGGUCAAAUUUGCAAAUUUCAUGAACACGUAUGUGUUUGGAUCAUGGAAGUUUCUGACGAUUUUGGCUGCUUUGUUUAUGUUGUUUUUGACCGGAUUACAAUCCUUCUGUUCUGUCUAUAGUUGUGCUCGUGUGUUCCAUCAGCUACCGGAUAUCCAAGGAGGCGCAGAUCAAGGAAACUAGGAAUUAAUGUAAUUAAGUGGACUAUAUAUAUGUGUACGUAGUUUUUUAUAUUAGUUUUUUACCCUCAUCGGUCUAUAUCAUCUUUUAAUCUCUCUUUUCUA